UGAUUUUUCUGACAUAACCUUAGGAGGCUGGCCUGUGUGCUUCGCUUCCUUUGUAUACCUUUUGUCAAAGCAACGUCACAUUGGAGACCUAUUAGAGUUUUCCACACCAUGUAAAAGAGUAGACAUACAGUUGUCCGCUGAAACUGAAGCAGAGUACUCGAACAGGAAGCUCGACUUUAUGUGGUUAGCCAAGCAUUGCAGUGCGCUCGGCUGCAUACAGGAAGUUCGUAUCACUCGUUGGUCUUCAGGGUGAAAAGUUGUCUUUGUCUGUGAGCCUUUUCGUGCCGCGCGCCUCAGGGAAUUUGUCUCAAAUGGCCCAGGGAAAGGACCAAUCCUUCGCAAGCCGCCUUUUCCAUAGAUGUCGUAAGAGUAGCCAAGAGCAAAAAGGACUAGAGAGUGAGGUGCCUUAUAUCUCUGAGUUCACCAUCAUGUGGGAUAAGUUCAUGAAAGAGUUCUUAGCUAAAGCCAAAGAAGAUUUUUUAAGAACAUGGGAGUCUCCACCACAGAGCACAACUGGCCUGGAUGACUUCGAUAGGUUCAAGACUCUGGGCACUGGCUCAUUCGGGCGAGUUAUGCUUGUCAAACAUAAAGAAUCAAAUCAGUUCUACGCCAUGAAGAUCUUGGACAAACAGAAAGUGGUGAAGUUGAAGCAGAUAGAACACACACUAAAUGAGAAGAGAAUACUACAGGCCGUGUCUUUCCCCUUCCUCGUCAGAUUGGAGUACGCUUUCAAGGACAACUCGAACCUCUACAUGGUGAUGGAAUACGUGCCGGGUGGUGAGAUGUUCUCACACCUCAGACGUAUUGGAAGGUUCAGUGAAAACCAUGCAAGAUUUUAUGCAGCUCAGAUAGUACUCACCUUUGAGUACCUUCACUCCUUAGACCUCAUCUACAGAGACCUGAAGCCUGAAAACCUGCUCAUAGAUCAACAUGGGUACAUCCAGGUCACAGACUUUGGCUUUGCCAAAAGAGUAAAAGGCAGGACCUGGACAUUGUGUGGGACUCCUGAGUACCUGGCUCCAGAGAUCAUCCUCAGCAAGGGCUACAACAAAGCUGUGGACUGGUGGGCCCUUGGAGUUCUCGUCUAUGAAAUGGCUGCUGGUUAUCCUCCCUUUUUUGCUGAUCAGCCUAUCCAGAUCUACGAAAAGAUUGUGUCUGGCAAGGUACGAUUUCCCUCUCACUUUAGCUCUGACCUGAAGGAUCUGCUGAGAAACCUCCUCCAGGUCGACCUGACAAAGAGAUUUGGCAACCUGAAGAAUGGUGUGAAUGACAUAAAAAAUCACAAGUGGUUCUCCGCAACAGACUGGAUUGCCAUCUACGAGAGAAAGGUUGAAGCCCCCUUCUUGCCAAAGUGUAGAGGACCAGGCGACACAAGCAACUUUGACGACUACGAAGAGGAGGACAUUCGUGUCUCACAAACAGAAAAGUGUGCAAAAGAGUUUGCUGAGUUCUAGUGAGUGGGCAGGAGUCCCAUCAGGGCUCACGUGCUUCGGGAUAUUUGCACUCUCCUGAGGGUUAAGGUGGAACUGAGGCCGUCGCGUGUUCAAAACAAAUGCCUCGUUCCUUCAUUCCACACAGCUGAAUGAGGUCCUUCUUGCCAUGAUCCUGCGUGCAGUUAGCACUAACCUAUACACAGGCACAUUAUGCAGACACCCCUCGUGCUGCGACACAUAAAUACUAGACCACGUGCUCAUCUUCUGUCUUUUUGCUUUCCUCUUUUUACGUUUGGCACUUUUGAAUAGCCUCCGUCCUUAAUGUUUCAAUUCAAAUAAUUCAUUCAAAAGCAACAUAAAAAUCUAAAAUAAUUGAAUGCCCUUUUUCAAAUGGCACAAAAAGUGAUUGAUUGAUUGUAUUAACUGGUAUUGCACAUAUUGUGAUUUAAGCUUUGGGAAAAUAGAAGGAUUUUUAAAUUUAUUUCUAAAAUACAUUUUUGCCUGUUAUCUGUUACAUACCUGAGUGUGAUUCAGGGUUCUGUUUGUGAUUAACCACGGACACUUCAACCUAUAACAAUAUUCAUCAUUCUGAUGUCCUUAAGACCUAGAUCCUUGUAUUUGUGCAUCUAGAAAGAUACAUAUAUGAGACAUAAGACUUUGUGUUGUUAAAGCAUGACCAAAUUUCCAACAAAGAAACUAGUGUUUAUUGAAGAAACAGUAUCACUGAUGCUGGGUUCUUGACGUUUCAGAGUUUCAGCACUCGGGCAUUGAAUCCUUAAAGAGAUGGAUUAACAGUGACAGGUGUUAUUAUGGAGCAGAAACGUGUCAGCGCUGAUUUAACUCAAUUAUAGGUUUUCUUUAUCUAUAUCUGGUUUCAUCUUAGAUAGAGUGGUAUUAUAUGAAAGGAACAGAAUGAUAUAUUUUUCAGGUACAACUUUGUUUCACGAGAAAGUAAAACCGAAGGGGUUUGAGUAGUUACUCCACACAACAGGUCAACUGUCCUUUAUACGGCCAGAACUGUAUGAAGUGCACGGACAUGGCAUCUUUAAAUAGCUGAAAGGUAAAACAUUUUCUUGAGAGUAUGUUGUAGUAAAUGCAAAUAAGUGUUGGUCCCAAAUGUCCAUUCUGGGUUGCUUUUCAAUUUAGUUUUAAAAUGUUGCUUUGAAAUAGCACUCAAAAGACAUUAUGUUACUGCCAUAUUUGUUUUAAUUGUAUUUUUACGUUUGCAUGUUAUGUUUGUACAGCAGUGUCACAACAAGCGUAUAGUGCCCUGAAAGAUUUCCCAUCUUUUUGUUGUUAUUUUCUUGUGUUUUGUUACCUUUUUAAAUUGUGUCAUGGCCUGUGACAUUGGAGCAUUAGAUAGGCAAUGUUUAUCUGAGUGACAUAUUCCCCAGCAUAAUCCCACUAAAGCAAAUCUAUACCAUUAACCAUGAAAUGUUAACAGAAAACUGAAAUAUCAUAACCUAUAUAAGUAUUCAUUCAUCUUGGGCAUCACUUCGUUGGAACAUAUACUUACCUCAACUAUAGCUUAUAGUCUCUUUCCAUCAUGUUUAACCAAUUUGUACACUGUGAUGGAGCAAUAUUUGCUCAUUCUUCCUUGCAACAUUGCUCAGGCUGGGUCAGAUCAGUAAGAGAACGUUAACAUACAAAAAAAUGUUGGUCUUGUUUCAGAUUUUUAAAGGGAAUAAGGUCCAGAGUCUGGCUUUUGAAGAAUAUUUUAACUUUUCAUUGUAAAUCACUCCUUUUAAGUUGUUGUCUAAACAUAUUUAAUACAUAUUUCCCCCCUUUAAGACAAAUCUAGGUUUUAUGAGGGAUUUGUCUAUACUGAGCACCAUUCAUCAUUUCCCAUGAGUUCUGACCCAUUGCUCCUUCCUUGCUGCUGGAAUGUAUUUCAUUUUCUGCAAACUCCUCACUGCGUUGACUUAGUGUUUUUAACAGGUUAUCAUACAAUCUGUUUGUGAAAGGUUCAAUACCUACAAAGCCAAGGUGUCCACUUGUUAAACUUCCAGAUGUCAGAAAAGUCCUUAGUGCUCCUGCGAUCCUCUGAUUCUUUAGAGGGGAUUCUCUGCCGUCCUCGGGGGGUCCGAUUUUGAGGUCAUUCCUGCAGGUCGGGCACUCAGGGUUGAAGGGGAAAUCAAAGUUUUUCAUUUCACAUCUUGUUGCAAACAAUAAUGCAUCAUUGACAGUCUUUCAAUUUAACAUCUCUUAAAUCUUCUGAAACUUUGAUCAUUAUUUGACAUGGUGCUCAAGUGUAUGUAGAUGAACAAUGCAAUUUAAUCUAGUUCAACAAUCUUUGACAACCAAAUGUGAAAAGGUUUGGUGACGGAAUCCUUUUUUUAAGGUACUGAUGUACUGUAUAUUGAUAUUGACUAUGCCUGAACUUUUAUUCAUAUAUUGAGCACAUGAUGUGAUUUUUUAUUUAGCCCUGAUUUCAUUUUAAAGGCACAAUUGUUUAUUAUGCUAUUUUAUAUUUAAAUUAGAGAUGUAUUCUAAAACAUAUUUUUAAUUAUUUAAACUCGCAAAGUUCUCAGAAUAUAUAAGAAAACUUCAACUGUUGUAUUCAGAAAAGUGCUAUGAACAGUUAAUAUAAUAGAUUAUUUAUUUGUACCAUGCUUUUUUAUUUGCCCUUAUUCAAAAUAAAAUGAAAAUAUUUAACACAGUAAAUAUACAUUGAUGCCACUCAAGCCUAUACAAAAUUGUAGCCUAUUAGUUUAACUUAUUUUAUUAUUCGUCUUUAUUCUUUUCUUUUUUUUCUUUACUUGACUUGAAAUGACCUUUUAUUAAAGGGUGUCCAACAUUAUUUUCCAAGUUUGAAGGAUGAACAGAAUGUAAUUGCAGGAUUUAUGACAUUUUUUAUCUGGAAAAACUUUGAAAACUGGGAAUUCAGCAUGUUUCAAUCCAAACUGCCUGUGUAUAAAUCCUCCCAUAAAACAUAUGUAGGAAAUCCUCGGCUCUUCUUAUGUGUCAUUUAUAUCCCAUGUGUGUAAUAAUGUUUGUCAUAUUUGAUGUAAAUGAUGGCAUUUUUCCCUGAACCACUUCACACUCCUGACUGAAGGAAAUCAGUUAGACUUCUUUGUAGCUAGUCACACAUGCCAGUAUGGGAUCAAUAAUCUGAAAUGUGUCUGUAUUUAGUUUGUGGGAUAUUUUGCACAUCAUUUAAAAGGCUGACACGUUUUUUCCCACCUAUAUUUACUUGUGUUUGCAAGGGGGAUAUACUUUGCUGUAGCAGAUUUUAUGUAACGAAAGAUAUGUCACUAUAAUAAAUUCUUUUUAUUA